AUUCUGUCACGUGAAUAUUUUUAAUUUUGGUGACAAGAAAAAAUAAGGCAAUAUCCAAGUCAGAUAUGAAUCAUUAUUCCAUUAAUAGAAUAGUUUAACUGAACUGUAACACCCAUCAAGUAUGUUAUCACGAUCAGGUACCAAAUUACCUAGCGUUUGUGUACGAUGGUUACAAAAAUCAACACCAAUAAGGAUACCAAUGCAUCGGUUUUAUUCCUCAGGACAAUAUAAUUAUUAUCAGCAAUAUAAUCCUCCUCCCCCACCAAGAUCAUCAUUCUUUAAACGAUUUGUAUAUACUACAGUAGGAAUAACAAUUGUUGGUGGUUACUUGUAUUAUAUGUUUUGGCCGAAACAUACUUUCCCUUCCUCUGUGGCUAAGAUAUUAAGAAAAGGUUUAUGGGCUGAAAGUGAUCGAGGAGAACAUGAUUAUCAAUUAGCUUUAAAAUAUUAUUUAGAAAGUUUGAAACAUUAUGAUGACAUUGGAGUUGAUCAUUUAAGUGAUGAGUAUACUGGGAUUCAAUUAAAAGUUGGGGAAAUGUUUGAACGUUUGAAUAUGUUGGAAGAUGCUGCUUUUGUGUAUAAUGAGAUUGCUACUUUAUAUUUAACUGUAUUAAGUGCUCAAGCUAAUUCAGAACAAGGUAAACGUAUUAAGAAUAUCAAUCAUAAACGUCAUUUGAUUCAAAAAGAUUUAAGAAUCGCCAUGAAAUUAGUUGAAUUGAAUAAACACAAUGUUCAAUUAUCAAAAUCAAUCUUAAUAACGCAUUUAAUAAUUGCUCAAGAUGAAAUAAAUAAGCAUUAUAAGUCUUCAUCAAUAUACAAUCUGAGUAGAAGCAUUCAAACUCCUAAUGAUGGUAAGAACGAUAAUAUAGUUAAUGUUGUGCUUAGUAAAGAUACCAUGACAGUAAUUGGGGCAAAUGGUGAAGCUGUAUUUAAUAAAGCCCCUGGAAUUUGGGAACCAUUCACUGAUGAAUAUUUCAAUGCUAUGGAUUUAUUAUCUGCCUUAUCUAUUUCUACUGGUGAUUUGACAAUGGCUUUACAGAUUAAGAUCAUGACUAUUGAAUCUAUGUUAGUUGCUGAUGUUGAACCUUCAAAGCUUUUGAUCAACCAAUGUAAUUUGGGUUCAUUGUUAUAUUUACAAGCUGAAGAAUAUCAAGCUCAAGAGAUUGUAUUAAAGAGGAAAAUUUCCAAGACUUUAAAUAUUGAUUAUGAUAAAUUAAACAAUGAAGAAAUAUUUUCCAAAACCACUAAACUAGGCAAUAAAAUCAUAAAGUCUACUAAAAUAUUACCUCAUGAAAAGGUUGAUUUAGAAACAGCAGUGCUUUCAAAGGAUAGAUGUUUACAAUUAUCUCAAGAAUCAUUUGAAGGGGUGAUUCAAUUUGCUAAAUUGAUUCCUCAAGAAGUUAUAUCCCAGAAUAAUUCCAUUAAUGAGACUGUUGCGUUGGCAACUUAUGGAUUAGGGGUUAUUCAUUUACAUUUAUCGCAAUAUGAUAUUGCGGAACGAUUACUACGUGAAUCAAGAGUUAGAUCGAAAAGUUGUGGUUAUGAUCAUUUGUUAAUUGAAAUUGAACAAGAAUUAGAAAAAUUAUUUAAAGAAAAGAAGAGUUUAACUUUACUUAACUCUUCAUCAGAUGAAAUUGGUCAAAGAAAUAUUCAAAUGGAUAUCCAAUUAAGUAAAUAAGUUUUAGAUAUUGUAUUUAUAUUGUGUAUAUUCUAAAUUCU